AAGCAUCGGGCAGCUCAGAGUGAGGGAGUGCGCGAGAGAACAGAAGGUGCCACUGCCUUUGCUUGCGCCUCCUCCAUCUCUGUCUGGGUGUUGGUUAUGAACUGGGCUCGCUGGGCCCAGUCCCCACCCAGAGGAGCAGUGCAGAGCACGCUGCCGAGAGCUCGCCUACAGCCUGGAAUUGACCCCGAUACGCCAGAUCCCCUCCCCACCCCGGACGCAAAAAGACUGACUGCGCGCCGAACCAGCCCAGAUUGGAGGCUCCGCUGCCGCGCAUGCUCACGGCGUCUGUCCGCAUGCAGUGACACAGCGGCGGCGCCCUUCUUUCUUGCCAGUCGGGUGACCACAACUUCUGGAGUGACAUCACGGCCGUGCGCAACUCUGCGGCUCUACAGGUGCCAGCUGCCGGGUCCGUGCUUAGUCCGUCAGUUGGUAGCGGUAGCAGCAGCAGCAGCCGCCGCCGGAGAAGAGAAGAGCCCAGCCAGGGGAGGCUUUUGUGAGGCGGACAGGAAACACUUGGCAUUCCACAUGAACUACGAAAAUCCUCCACCAUAUCCUGGCCCGGGCCCAACUGCCCCAUACCCACCAUAUACCCAUCAACCAGGUGGACCACCGGGUCCUGGUCCAUACCCUGCCUACCAACCGGAGCCUACAGGGCCAUAUCCAGCAGGACAGCCAGGCUACCAAGGCUAUCCAGCGUAUGGAUGGCAAAGUGCUCCUCCACCUGCAGGACCAGUCUAUGCAGAUGGACCUAAAAACACAGUGUAUGUUGUGGAAGAGCGGCGAAGGGAUAAUUCGGGUGAAAGUACCUGCCUGACGGCAUGUUGGACUGCACUGUGCUGCUGCUGCCUUUGGGACAUGCUGACCUGAGUGCCCUGAGAAGCUGAGCUCCCAAUACCUGUAACUUGGAGUGCUAUGCAUUCUUCUUCUUCUCUUCCUCCUCCUCUUCCUCUGAUCUUCUCCCACCUCGACAGCUUUUUAGUACUGUUAUAAAAGAUCUGCUUUGCACAGGCGACAGUAACACUUGUCUGCCAUAGAGAUAGCACCAUGAUGUUGGUUGUGCACUUUUUAGUUUUAGUGGAGGAAAACCUCCCCCACCCCACCUCUUUAUAGCAUCAUUUCUACAACUUUGUGGUUGUUCUUUAAAGAAUGUGCGGAAUAUUUUUUUGGCAAAAAAGGCUUUUACUACAAAUUAUGUAUUUAUAAUUUUUACCAUUCUUAGAAAUGGAAUAAUAUGCAAUAAUUUAAGCCAAUCAUUGUUUGUUUUCUUACUUGCUUCCACUUCUGUUAAUAAACUUGGCUCAAUAAAGAUUUGGGUCCAGUAA